AUGAGCGAAGAUCGUGGAAACAGCUUAAUUAACUCCUUUGACUUUUCAGCAAUCGAAGAAAUGGACCCUAGUCUUAGCGAUGGCCAUCAUGUAGCUUAUGACCGUGAAGUUCCUUUUGAGCUCAGAAUUCAAGAGUCAGGGAGUGGGCCUCAAGAAGUCGGUACCUUAGAAGCUAUCAAGGUAAAAGUUCUUGUCUUAGGUGAAAACACUAAUCCUCAGCACGUGAAGAUUGAAUUUACGAGCGAAAAUGACCUCUUCUUCCACUAUAUUCAUUCUUUAGAUGAAGCUGCCUUUCACCAGCUACAAGAAACCCAAAAAUUGAUGAUCGAAUUUUCAGAACUCCCAACAAUUCUUAUAAGGAUGCUGAAUUCUUGCAUAAAGGAGCCACAUAACUUUUUGGCUGUUUUUAUUAUGCAUAGAGAUGGAAGAGCAAGGCUUGACUUCAUUCAGAACAUGGAAUACAAAUUCAUUGAGCUGCUAUCAUUGGAUUUCAUGGCAAGCACUGAAGAAAUGGUUCGUCAGCAAAUUACCUAUCGCUAUAAUGCCGUUAAAAGUAAGCUUGCUAUUAUGCAAGCUAGACUACAAGACGUGAAUGCGCUCAUUAAAGUGAAAAAUCCAUCGCUAUUGCUGCAAUUGCAAAAACAAUCGAGAAAGCCUGCUCAAGGGUAA